CAGAAACUCACUCGAGAACCAGGAAACCAAGAAAAAAAAAGGAAAAACAAAAAAGAGACAACUAUCGAGAAAGCAGGAAGAUGGAACAGAAGAACUGCUGCAAGUGUCAAGCCACCAACACCAUCGAACUCUCCACCAUCCGCAACACAACCUGGUGUCGACAAUGUUUUAUAGAACAGAUCAACAUCAAAUUCUUCCAGGGCCUCAAAAUCGCCAAGGAGUACUGUCGACCGCCUCCGAAACGGGAUGGCAUACGGACCAUUACCGAGCCUGCAUCGUUGGUCAUUCACUUCAAGAACGAUCUAAGUUCCUUUUUGACUCUCCAGUUGAUGAGGAAUUAUUUGAACACCAACCAAGAUCGCUCGACUGCCAAGUGGAAGAGUCCUAUCGAUUUCAGCACCAUCGAAGUCAUCUCCAUCGAUUUCGGGAGCGCAUCCCCAUACAUCUCAAUUGAUUCCUCGUCUGAGACCAAGCUUGUGAAUGAGGAGGGCAACAGACCGCCAACGGAAAACGAAGGAACCUUAAGAUCGAUGGUCGAAAGCUUAGGAUUCAGCUUCAAGAUACUGAAUUUAGAUGACCUGUUUGACUCGCCUGCUUCCGUCGAAGAAAGCUCUCCUAAUGGUUGUUCUCCAAGAUGCUUUGUCGACUUGUCGGAUCCGAAUCUUCCGAUCAAGACCAUCGCUCCGACCGAUCCCGGGUUUUCAACACCAUCAUCAAAAGAAACAGCCAUGAAGCCGCUUGCCAGAACGCUACGACCGUUGACCCAAACCUCCCGACGAUCAUUCAUUGAAAGCCUGAUCAAUAAACGGUUACUCGACUUUUGCAAGCACAAGCCACGGAACAAAGUGCUUGUCAAGCCGACCACGUCUACCCAGAUGGCCAUCGACACGCUUGCCGGGGUCAGUCUGGGCAACGGAUGGAGUCUUGAUCAGCAGAUCGGACCUAGUAGUUAUAUCCAUGAUGUUUUGGUCUGUAGACCAUUGGCUCAAAUCGUGGACGCCGAGUUGUUCCAAUACUCCAAACUAAUGCAGCUCGAUCAUCCAUACCCUCUAAUACACCAAGCCCCGACGAAAAAAGCCGACAUACCCGCUCUCAUCACAGACUUCGUCGUCAAAUUGGAAGAAAAUUACCCGAUGACUAGUUCAGUUAUCAAUCAAACCGUCAAUAAGAUCGGCAAAAACAAAUCCGCCUUGGCGUCUUCCUCUACCACAUCCACGAAGACAACAAGAACGGCAACAAAUGGGAAGGAUUGCUCAGUUACAAGGACCUGUCCGAUUUGUCAUUUAUCGUCAGAUCGAAAAGCAAAUGAAUGGAAGCGUUCGAUCACCUUAUCGACCCACGAGCCGCCGACGACGCCGACUCCGAACGCGAGCUCGGACGAGUCUGAAAUCGUCCGUCCGGUCGAAGAAGAAGAAGAAGACGAGCCCAUGCGACUGCGGGACCAGCUCUGUUAUGCGUGUCUGGUCACCUUCAACGACCAUCAAUACAUCGCCCAUCCCUCGCAAUCUGGCCAUGAUUGGGUCCAGUUGCCUGGCUUCUAUCAGCCGCUUACUCAGCUUCCUGUCGCCCCCGCUGCUACCCCACCUCGUCCCUCUCUGUCUGCAAAUCAUCUCCAGGCCGUACUCGAUCAGUUCCUCAUCUCCGAUUGA